AAUUUACAAAGUCAGUAAAAGUUUCUUGGUAAUUUACAUCGUGUAUUGAACAGAAAAUAAUAUCUCUGUUGUCAAAAGAAAAGUAUAACGAAUUAUAAUCUAACGUUGUUUUGAAAACUAGUUAUUGAAGAAAAACACGUUCAAGCACAUCUCGAAAUUUUAAAUGACGUAUAAACCUUCGAUUGAUGAGAGCACGAUUCCACUUUCCUUUAAUACGAUCGAUUCGUUCUACGUUCAGAAUUGCAAUAAUUUACGAUUAUUAUUUAUAUAUGCUGCACGAUCGUGAAAAUGGCAAAAACUUCGCUGUCAGAACAAUUCUCCUUAAGAUGGAACAACUUCUCUAGCAAUUUGACAUCUGGAUUUUUAAGUCAUUUUACUGAAAAUGAUCUAGUCGAUGUCACACUCGCUGUAGAGGGUCAAUUGUUACAGGCACACAAGUUGGUCCUGUCAGUGUGCAGUCCAUAUUUUAAAAAUAUAUUUAAGGAAAAUCCUUGUCAGCAUCCAGUAAUUAUUCUUAAAGACAUGAAGUAUACAGAAAUUGAAUCAUUGUUGAAAUUCAUGUAUCAAGGUGAGAUUAACAUUAAGCAAGAAGAUUUGUCUACUUUCUUAAAAGUGGCGCAAACAUUGCAAAUCAGAGGACUCGCAACGGAAGACACAAGUAGCACAAAAACAUUUUCCAAUUGCGACGAUCAAUUAAAUAUAGAAUCUAAUGCUGAAAGUACUGAUCACUCGCACUUAAACGCGAUAAAUAAAAUUUACAAAGAUGUUGAAACGAUAGAGAGAAGGAAAAGGACUCGCGAUACGGCAGGAAGAAGCGACAAGAAAAAGAAAUGUAAUACGUUUACUGUAUCAGAAAAUGUUCAUGAUUUAUCGAAUGAAGAGGUAGAUGAUAAUAAUCAAAAAGCUCAGUUUUUAACAAAUAAAGAUACAGACGAUUCUACGCACGAAAAUAAAGAUAACAAUAUUCCUGUAGUAAAAAAUUAUGAUAAUGAUCAAAAAGGGGAUUCCGCUGAGACGAACGAUGCACAGACUUCGAAAGAAAGUCCUACUCAACAAGCCGUAGAGCCAGUAAUUUACAGACUAUCUGCGCGAGGUCGACCGCAAUUAGUUCACGAGGGGUAUGUUUAUAAUUUAACAUCUCGUUCAGAGGUUUUGAACAGAUCUCAUUAUCGAUGCGCGGAACAACAUCGCGGAUGUAAAGGUAAAUGCGCAGUUAUCGCGGAAAGAUUUAUGCCGACGGGUGUACACGAUCAUAAUCAUUCGCCUGAAUAUCAGUCGGAACAUGAAUACAGAAGAAAAAAGGGUUUAGAUGUUGAUACUCCUUAAAUUAUAAUCUACUU